AUGAGCUCUUUGAAGCAAUUCAUCCGGGCCGUUCGAAGUGCGAAGACGUUGAACGAUGAGCGCGGAGUUAUACAGAAAGAGAGUGCUGCAAUUCGGGCUUCGUUUAGGGAGGAAUCAGGUGAUUCAAACGUUAGGAGGAAUAAUGUUGCCAAGCUGCUUUACCUCUUCACUCUCGGCGAGCGUACGCACUUUGGACAGAUCGAAUGUUUGAAGUUACUAGCUUCUCCUAGGUUUGCCGAUAAAAGAUUAGGGUAUCUGGGUACCAUGCUUCUUCUGGACGAGAACCAGGAGGUGUUGACUUUGGUUACCAAUUCUUUAAAGAAUGACCUGGAGCACUCAAAUCAGUACGUCGUGGGGCUGGCUUUAUGCACCCUAGGAAACAUCGCAUCAACAGAAAUGGCCCGUGAUCUUUUCCAGGAAGUAGAAAAUCUACUGUCAACCGCGAAUCCUUAUAUCCGUCGAAAGGCAGCUAUCUGUGCCAUGCGGAUUAUCCGGAAAGUCCCUGACCUCCAGGAACACUUCAUAGACAAAACCAAGCUUCUACUUCAGGACCGGAACCACGGAGUAUUGCUCUGCGGUAUUACUUUGGUCACGGACCUGUGCUUACAUGACCCCGACAUGGUACACGAGUUCAGGCCCUUUACAAAUGCACUGGUUCGCCACCUGAAGAGCUUAACAAGCUCUGGAUAUGCACCAGAGCACGACGUGACAGGGAUUACAGAUCCAUUUUUGCAGGUCAAAAUUCUAAGGUUAUUACGAGUGUUGGGCAAAGGAGAUGCCGAGGUUAGCGAGCAAAUCAACGACAUUUUAGCUCAGGUGGCAACCAACACAGACUCGACGAAGAAUGUCGGAAAUUCGAUUCUUUACGAAUCUGUACUCACUAUCCUUGAUAUUGAGGCAGAUAGUGGUCUUCGCGUGCUCGGUGUCAACAUCCUUGGAAAGUUCCUAACCAACAAGGACAACAAUAUCCGUUAUGUAGCCCUGAAUACCCUCAUCAAAGUUGUCGCCGUAGAACCAAACGCAGUACAGAGACACCGUAAUACUAUCCUUGAUUGUCUCCGGGAUCCGGAUAUCUCGAUCCGUCGUCGUGCUCUUGAUCUAUCGUUCACCCUCAUUAACGAAAACAACAUUCGCGUUCUAAUCAGGGAAUUAUUGGCAUUCCUUGAGGUCUCGAAUAACGAGUUCAAACCAGUGUUGACUACUCAGAUUUGCAUUGCCGCUGAGCGUUUUGCGCCUACAAAAAGGUGGCAUAUCGAUACGGUGUUGCGAGUUUUGAAGCUUGCCGGGAAUUACGUUAAAGAGCACAUCUUGUCGAGUUUUAUUCGCCUUAUCGCCAAUUCCGCAGAGCUACAGACCUACUGCGUACAGAAGCUUUUUUCAGCGUUGAAAGCGGAUAUUACACAAGAGGCCUUGACUUUAGCAGGAGCUUGGACCAUCGGCGAAUAUGGAGAUCUGCUCCUGAAGGGUGGUAAUUAUGAGGAGGAGGAGUUGGUCGUCAAAGUUCAGGAAUCAGACGUGGUCGAUAUCCUCGCGACAAUUCUUUCGAGCGCCUAUUCUUCGCAGACAAUAAAUGAAUAUAUCAUCACAGCUCUUAUGAAACUCACCACUCGCAUUUCAAACCCAGCCCAGAUCGAACGAGUCCGUCGCAUUCUACAAUCAUAUACCGAUAGUCUCGACGUCGAGAUUCAGCAGCGGUCUGUCGAGUAUGGUAACAUGUUUGGCUACGACGACAUUCGAACGGGUGUUUUGGAAAAAAUGCCACCACCAGUGUUUAAGGAAGUGUCGCGGCAGUUUGAACAACAGGUUACAAAGCCGAAGGGUGCUGGAAAGCGCGGCACCAAGAAACAAAUCGAUGAAGAUGCGCUCAUUGAGUUAAUGGGAGGUGACGCGGCACCGGGGCCCGCCCCAUCAAACGGAGGCUCGCAGGACUUAUUGAAAGGCAUGUUCGGUGGAGGUGAUGAAGCACCUACAUCCUCUUCUCCAACUCCACAGUCGAACUUGAGCAGUAUCAUGGAUUUGUUCAAUACUCCCUCACCCGCACCCGUACAACAGCAGAAUCCUGCAUCCGCAAUGCCUUCAGCUGCCAUGAGCUUUUCAAGCCAGUUAGGUUCAAUGGCACAGCCCGCGGCACCUUCAGGUCCAGCACAACUUCCAGUCUAUGACAAGAACAAUCUUGCCAUUACAUUGCAACUCCAGCGUACGGCGGACGGCACGGUGAACAUUGUUGCAAGAUUCAAAAACAACGGCUUCACAGAUAAUAUAAGUGGGGUGACAUUACAAGCUGCUGUUCCUAAGAGUCAGAUUCUAAAGCUACAGCCAAUAAGCACAGCUGAGCUAAGCCCAGAUGCUGAAGCAACGCAAGCGAUGAGGGUCCAAGGGAGCAAGGGGCCCCCACUCAAAUUGAGGUUGAAGAUCUCGUACACGAAAGAAGGGGCAGGGGAGGUUGUGGACCUGAGGGAAAUUUAA